GAGGCCCGGUAACUAAUGAGGACAGAGCGAGGGGCGGGGUUCAGGGUUGUGGUCGCGACCUAGUUAAGGUCUGCAAGGGUGGGGCUCAGUGAGGGCAGGGUUUAGAGCCCUAGCGUUGACAAAGACUAGGCCCUGGAUUCCCGGAAGGGCGGAUCCAGCGAGGGGCGGGGCUAAGGGCUCAGCGGCGUCUGUAUCCCACGCGUUAGGAAGCUGGACUGCAGGGAAAGCUGGGGGUUUUAGACCCUGCGGCAGCGCCGCCGACGCCAUGGGCGGGGCCUAGCGGGAAGGGGCGGGCUCAGUGAGGGCGGGGUUAAAGCUUAGCCGAGAGGAUACCAGGGGCGGGGCCCACCGGGAAAAAGCGGGCCGGAGCGGGAGGCGGUCAACCGGACCCACAGGCAACGCGCGGACAACCGCACGAGCUGACAGCGGCAGGGGGACGGGUCGGGUCGGCCGAAUGCACGGCGUGCCGCCGCCAUGACAGAGCAAACCUACUGUGAUCGCCUAGUCCAGGACACUCCUUUCCUCACCAGUCUCGGACGCCUGAGUGAGCAGCAGGUGGACAGGAUUAUCCUCCAGCUAAACCGCUACUAUCCCCAGAUCCUCAGCAACAAGGACGCGGAAAAGGUGCCAAGGAACCUGAGGCUGCUCUCCCAUCCCUUCCUCUCUGGGCUGGGAGAAGCGGGGGGCAGGACAGCUUGGAGUUCCGGAACCCCAAGUUGUCUCUGCGAGUGCGUCUCUGCGACCUCUUGGGCCACCUGCAGCGGAGCGGUGAGCGGGAUUGCCAGGAGUUCUACCGGGCCCUGUACAUCCACGCCCAGCCCCUGCACAGCUGCUUGCCUAGCCGGCACGCCCUGCGUAAAGAACUCAGAUUGCACAGAGCUAGACUCGGGCAACGCAAGCUGUGAGCUCAGUGACAGGGGACCUGUGGCCUUCCUGACCUGCCUCGGCCUGGCCGCAGGCCUGGCGCUUCUCAUCUACUGCUGCCCUCCAGACCCCAAGGUGCUUCCAGGGGCCCGGCGUGUCCUGGGCUUCUCCCCUGUCAUCAUUGACAGGCACGUCAGCCGCUUCCUGCUGGCCUUUCUCACAGAUGACCUGGGGGGCCUCUGACCGACCCCAGCCCUGCCCACCUGCGUGUUUGCUCUCCAGGGGCUUGCUUCUUUCCUAAGUGUUUAUUUCUUGCUAUUUAUAAUUUCUGUAAUAAGCACUUUACUUUCAUUGUACAGAGGUGUUCAACAAUAUUAAAUGUUUGAGUCUCA